CGACUAGACGCUGCCAUGGAGAGCGAAACGGGAGUGGCCAGCGCUUUGCUGCAGGCCAACGAUGCGCAGCUGGCGGUGCUGCCCGGCGAAAGUCUGCCCUGGCCAAAGGAGGUGUGCCUCUACCAGCCGCUGGAGGAGCUGCAGCUGCUGCUGCCGGAGCAGGCCAGCUGCCUGGCCGUGAAGAGCUACUUGCGCAUGUGCCGGCUGCCGUACACGGAGCGCCAGUGCGACAACGCGGAGUUCAUGUCGACGGGCGGGCGGCUGACCAAGCUGCCGCUGCUGCGACUCGGGCGCCGUCUGUUCGCCGAGUUCGAGCCGAUUGUGGGGCACGUGGAGUGCACGCAGCUGGAGAACGCGGUCAGCUCCUGGCUGGGCUUCGAGGAGCGCGAGGAUAUGCGCGCCGAGGUGGCCUACGUGGAGAACACAUUCACCCUGGCCGAGCUGCAUCAGUGCUACAAGGAGUCGCCCAUCUAUGUGGAGCACACCCAGCCGCGCAUCGGCUCCGCCCAUCCCUGGCCGCUGAGCAGCAUUCGGCGGCGCGAGAAGUGCGCCGAGGCGCUGCGCCUCCUGCGCGUCUACCAGUGGGACAAGUUGAACACGCGCGACGUCCAGGCUCAGCUGCAGCAGUGCUGCCAGCUGCUCAGCGACAAGCUGGAGGCGCGCGAGUCCAACAGCAAGCUCAGCGCCAACUAUCUCUAUGGCCAGCAGCCGUGCGAGCUGGAUGCCCUCGUGUUCGGGCAUGUGGCCUCCAUUCUGAGCAGCCAGCUGGCCAGCCCCAUGCUGGGCGACACGGUGCGCGCCUAUCCGCGUCUCGUUGCCCACAGCCGUGGCAUCGAUCAUGUCUACCACCAGGACAAGCAGCUGGGCGGCCUGGACUAG